AAUCCUAUUGAUAUAUUUUUUUCCUUUUAGUAGCAAUCUAAUUUUCACCUCUGUCUCCUAUUUUACCUUACACCAUUCCUAAAAUCUGUUUCUCAGAUGGCUGCAGUGAAAAGGGUUUUCUCAGGAUGCAAAAUGUGGAAGCAUAGACAAGGCAUGUGAACUGUUUGACAGAAUGCCUCAAAAAGAUGUGUCCUCCUCGACUGCAAUGAUUGCAGGAUAUACACAAAUGGAUAUGUUGAAAGGCUUUAGGAAAUUUCGAGUAAAUGUAAUUGGCAGGUAUAAAGCCAAAUUUCACAACCUUUACCAGCGUCCUCCCUGCCCUUGCCAAAAUAUGAGCUUUGGAAUAGAGAAUGGACUUUUAUCAAAGCAUAGAGAAGUUACAAAUGCCCUGGUAACUGUGUAUGCAAAAUGUAGGAGCACAGACAAGGCAGAUGUGAAGCCAGACUCGACAACCUUUGCGAACGUCCCCUCUGCCUCUAUCAAGAUGGGAGCUUUGGAAGAGGGUGUGGACAUCCACUAAAGCAUAAUGGAGGGAUAUUUUUGCUAAAUGCUAAAAUACAUUAGGCGAAACAUUUCCAUCCAAUUCAGGUUCAACUUUCCUUCAAAUAUUUUGUACAAAAUGCUGAAUACUUAUCUAGGCUAGUUGACUGCACUCCAUGAGAUUCCAUGGUGUAACCAAAGCUCCCACAUCUAUCGUUAAAAUUUUAGAUUUCAAUUUUUAAAAUCAUAACAAAAUAAGCUAUUUUACUUACAUUAUCAUUG